CCGGGCGACUCUCGAAGGUCUGCUCCAGUCCUGAUAAGCAAAUAUUGUUCCUCUUCCCCAUUGGCUGCAGCGACUCCAGAUUUUGACACAAGUAAUCAGAUUGAAAAAUCAGGGAGGGGGAAGAGGCCAAACACAAGUGUGAAGACAGUCAGUGUGACACCAGCCGCGUGUACGACGAGGGAUUACACUCAUCAUCCUGACUACAACAACAGCCAGGAAAUGCCACGCUCCUUUUUGGUAAAAACCAAGAAAACUCACAGUUACCAUCAACAUCGCUACUCGGAAGAUGAAGUUUUGCCCAAGGAGGAGCCCAUCACAGCGCCAUGUCACGAUCCUCAAAACAGUGAAUCGUCCGGAAGUGACCUCAAAGAGUACUCCCCUGAGGACCUGACCAAGGGCACCCCCACCCGCUCAGAGGACGACCCGGAGACACCCAUUUAUAUCAACCGAGGGUCCCCUGCGGCCUCAGUUCCAGGGAUCCCUCUGCCUUUGCUGCCCUUAAAGUCAUACCCUUCCCUCUCCCUGUCCGCCUACUACAAGCAGAGGCUUUCCUGGGAGCCCCUGCAUUCUGCCUACAGCUUCAAGCAGGUCCCGUCCAACGUGCACCCCUCCAUGCUGCCGAGUCCUAUAGGGUUAUACAGCGGCCCCCCUCCAGCUAGCAAAUCGGACUACGAUCACCCCAUUAAUUACAGUCUGGGGUUCUCCUCUUCUAUGGACAGCUACCACUGUGUCAAGUGCAGCAAGGUUUUCUCUACGUCUCAUGGAUUGGAGGUUCACGUCCGGAGAUCUCAUAGUGGAACCCGACCAUUUGUCUGCAAUAUUUGUGGAAAGUCCUUUGGCCAUGCCGUCAGUCUUGAGCAACAUCUGAAUGUUCACUCACAGGAAAGGAGCUUCGAGUGCAAGAUGUGUGGCAAAACAUUUAAGAGAUCUUCUACAUUGUCCACCCACCUGCUCAUCCACUCAGACACUCGGCCCUAUCCUUGCCAGUUCUGCGGAAAGCGUUUCCAUCAAAAGUCUGACAUGAAGAAACAUACAUAUAUCCACACCGGAGAGAAGCCGCACAAGUGUCAGGUUUGUGGGAAAGCUUUCAGUCAGAGCUCCAACCUGAUCACGCACAGCCGGAAGCACACGGGCUUUAGGCCGUUCACAUGUGACUUAUGCGGUAAAGGCUUCCAGCGAAAAGUAGACCUAAGGAGACACCGAGAAAACCAACACGGGCUGAAAUGAGCCAUGGGCGUCUGAUGGCGGGACUCCAUUAUUAUUCCACAGCCCUGGGUGAUGAUCACGUGGAGACGGCGUAUAGCUGACAUCUUUACAGUUAUCUGCGGGAGCGGUAAAUGACGGAGCUUAGGAAGUUGCCUAGCAACAGGAGCUUCCACCAGUGUGUGUCACCAGUUGGCUUAUGCAAACCCGUCUUUCCCUGAGGGAAGAUGGCCGCCGUUGUAGGAGUCGCCAUGUUGGAAGAGUUUUUAUUCAGUUCUUUACUGUUAUUUAUUUCAGGCAGUUUUUAAAAAAAAAUGGUGUCUCGAGGGCAGUAAAAAAUGGCGAUAUAUCGGCCGCGUUGAAUAUUUCACAGCCACAUGUUUGGCGCAGCUACGUUUAAUAAAUUUUAAGAAAUGUGUUA